AUGUCUACAAGUCCGUUCACUGCUGACACAGCAUGUCAGUAUGUAGUCCAGUCCCAGACCCUAUUCUCGCCACACGGCGCGGCGGAGAAGGAGGGUCCAGAAGAAUUUGCAUGCGCAUGCGUCAACUACCACCACACAUAUGUGGAGGUCGCCAGGUCGCUAAGCUCUGUUUACUGUGGGGGAAAAUCCGCAAUGUCAAAGGAAAGUUCUGAUACUCUUGCAGCGCUGAUUGAGAACAAGUUUCUUCAUAUUUUUGGCAGAGAAUUUGUUGAAGCCGUUAAGUUUGCCAUGGAAAUGUGUAAAUAUAAUUUUUUGCCGAAGUUUGAGCAAUUGCAAGCGAUCUAUUACCUGUCUCGCGGUAAAGAUGUAUUCGUUCAUCUGAGAACUGGUUUCGGAAAGUCGCUGAUUUACACGCUCUUUCCAUAUGUUUGCGAUGCUCUGCGAUCGUCACCAAACAACGAUUGCCGUUCAUCUAUCGUCGUUUUGAUUUCACCACUAAUUUCCCUCAUGGAUGAUCAGAUGGCUAAAAUGGCCGAACGAGGAAUACAUAGCGUCAAGCUCACCGAUCUUAAAGACCGACAAGUUGAGGACCUUCGACGUGGAAAAUCGAACAUCAAAAUCGCUUUGUUAUCCCCUGAGGCAUUUACCAGUUUGACUGUAAGGGAGACUCUGAGGGAACUGAAAGAGCAUAUUGUUUGUGUGGCAAUUGAUGAGGCACAUUGUGUACUACAAUGGUAG